CCAAUAAAUUCACGAAAUGACGUCACUAUCAGUCUUGUUUACCACUAAACAUCAUGGCGAACAUUAGAGUGCCAGAGUCGCUGAAAGCAGUUCAACCUUAUAUUAGAGCGUCUAUGGAACACCGUCAGAGAGAUAUUGUCGUUUCCUAUUGGUGUUAUUUUUAUGCUUGUCAGUCAGCAUUGAAAAUUGAUAAAAGUUCAGAAGAGAGUGUUGCAUUCUUAACAGCAGCUUUGGAUUGGUUGGAAAAGGUAAUUUUUAAUUUUUUAAAUGAAGGAUGAUAAUUAAUCAAUCUU